UGCCGCCGGCGCCGGGCAACUCGGCGGGUCGUUGCCAUGUCCAGCCGAGAGUCUCGUGGACCCACCCGCGGGAAGCGAGAAUCCGAGUCGCGGAGCAGCUCGAGUCGUGUCAAGCGGGAGCGCGAGCGGGAUCGGGAGCGGGAUCGGGAUCGGGAACCCGAAGCGGCGAGCUCCCGGAGCAGCCCGGUGCGCGUAAAGCGGGAGGUCGAGCCGCCGAGCGCGCGAGAGGCCCCAGCGCCCGUUGUCCCGGCGGUGCGGGUGAAGCGGGAGCGCGAGGCCGACGAGGACUCCGAGCCUGAGCGGGAGGUGCGAGCAAAGAAUGGCCGUGUGGAUUCUGAGGACCGAAGGAGCCGCCACUGCCCGUACCUGGACACCAUCAACAGGAGCGUGCUGGACUUCGACUUUGAGAAACUGUGUUCCAUCUCCCUCUCGCACAUCAACGCAUAUGCCUGUCUGGUGUGUGGCAAGUACUUUCAGGGCCGGGGUUUGAAGUCUCAUGCCUACAUUCACAGCGUCCAGUUCAGCCACCAUGUCUUCCUCAACCUUCACACCCUCAAGUUUUAUUGCCUUCCAGACAACUAUGAGAUCAUCGAUUCCUCACUGGAGGAUAUCACGUAUGUGUUGAAACCCACUUUCACAAAGCAGCAAAUUGCAAACUUGGACAAGCAAGCCAAACUGUCCCGGGCAUAUGAUGGUACCACUUACCUGCCGGGUAUCGUGGGACUGAACAACAUAAAGGCCAACGACUAUGCCAACGCUGUCCUUCAGGCUCUGUCUAAUGUCCCUCCUCUCCGGAACUACUUUCUGGAGGAAGACAAUUAUAAGAAUAUCAAGCGUCCUCCAGGGGAUAUCAUGUUCUUGUUGGUCCAACGUUUUGGAGAGCUGAUGAGGAAGCUCUGGAACCCUCGAAAUUUCAAGGCUCAUGUGUCUCCCCAUGAGAUGCUUCAGGCUGUUGUCCUUUGCAGCAAGAAGACUUUCCAGAUCACCAAGCAAGGGGAUGGAGUAGACUUUCUGUCUUGGUUUCUGAAUGCUCUGCACUCGGCCCUGGGAGGCACAAAGAAGAAAAAGAAGACUAUUGUCACCGAUGUUUUCCAGGGGUCCAUGAGGAUUUUCACUAAGAAGCUUCCCCAUCCUGAUUUGCCAGCGGAGGAGAAAGAGCAGCUCCUGCAUAAUGACGAGUACCAGGAGACCAUGGUGGAGUCCACCUUCAUGUACCUGACGCUGGACCUGCCCACCGCCCCCCUCUAUAAGGACGAGAAGGAGCAGCUCAUCAUCCCCCAGGUGCCCCUCUUCAACAUCCUGGCCAAGUUCAACGGCAUCACCGAGAAGGAAUACAAGACUUACAAGGAGAACUUUCUAAAGCGAUUCCAGCUCACCAAGCUCCCUCCAUAUUUAAUCUUUUGUAUCAAGAGAUUCACUAAGAACAACUUCUUCGUGGAGAAGAACCCAACAAUCGUCAACUUCCCUAUCACAAAUGUGGACCUGAGAGAAUACUUGUCAGAAGAAGUACAAGCCGUGCAUAAGAACACCACCUACGACCUCAUCGCCAACAUCGUGCACGACGGGAAGCCCUCUGAGGGCUCCUACCGGAUCCACGUGCUUCAUCAUGGGACCGGCAAGUGGUAUGAAUUACAGGACCUCCAGGUGACCGACAUCCUUCCCCAGAUGAUCACCCUGUCGGAGGCGUACAUUCAGAUUUGGAAGAGGCGAGAUAAUGAUGAAACCAACCAGCAGGGGGCCUGAAAGAGGCUUCUAGGGCUUUCACUGAAGAUGGCAAAUAUGGAUACUGGAGCUGUAGCUGAACGCGGUUGGCAGCGUCCUGGGGCCAGCCUGGCCUUUGUGGGUUCUGGCCACAUCGGAGCACCGGCGGGGCCUGCCUGCCAGGGAGGGCUCUGCACUGUCACCCAGCUGUCCUUCGAUGUGCCUCUGUCCUUCCUGUCUAGUCCCUUCUAGCUUCAGCAGAGCAGAGCUUCUGAAAAUGUAUGUAAUUUAUUUCGAGUAGCUGGGAGUACCUGAAGGACAGAUGAAUUCUUCCAGGAAUAAGCACGAAGCCAGGAACACCCUUCUGUCUAAGUCGGUGAUUUUCUUACAGUCCCCUUCGUUUCCUCAUGUGUUUUUUGGAAUGGAUUAAAUAUUUUCCCAUUUUUAUAGCA